AUGGACGUGGACGCCUUCAGGGGCAGGAGUGGGAGGACGUGGUCGCCGUCAGCUAAGGCACAAGAGAAGGACAUGGCUGCUGCCUUCAACAAAGGCACGAGUGGAGGAGUAUGGACAUGGCUGCAUUCAGCAAAGUCAAAGGGUCUGUGUGGAAGAAGACGGGACGAGUGGAAGAGGACGGGCUUGGUCGAAGGGACUGGGGAAGAGGACGGGCGUGGUCGAAGGGAUUGUGUGGAAGAGGACGGGCGUGGUCGAAGGGAUUGUGUGGAAGAGGACGGGCGUGGUCGAAGGGAUUGUGUGGAAGAGGACGGGCGUGGUCGAAGGGAUUGUGUGGAAGAGGACGGGCGUGGUCGAAGGGAUUGUGUGGAAGAGGACGGGCGUGGUCGAAGGGAUUGUGCGGAAGAGGACGGGCGUGGUCGAAGGGAUUGUGUGGCAGAGGACGGGCGUGGUCGAAGGGAUUGUGUGGAAGAGGACGGGCGUGGUCGAAGGGAUUGUGUGGAAGAGGACGGGCGUGGUCGAAGGGACUGUAUGGAAGAGGACGGGCGUGGUCGAAGGAACGGUGUGCAAGAGGACGGGCGUGGUCGAAGGGAUUGUGUGGAAGAGGACGGGCGUGGUCGAAAGGAUUGUGUGGAAGAGGACGGGCGUGGUCGAAGGGAUUGCGUGGAAGAGGACGGGCGUGGUCGAAGUAACGGUGUGCAAGAGGACGGGCGUGGUCGACGGAACGGUGUGCAAGAGGACGGGCGUGGUCGAAGGAACGGUGUGCAAGAGGACGGGCGUGGUCGAAGGAACGGUGUGCAAGAGGACGGGCGUGGUCGAAGGAACGGUGUGGAAGGGGACGGGCGUGGUCGCCACCGUCGAAGGGACGAGUGGAAGAGGAUGGGCGUGGUCGCCGAGAACACUUGAAACCAGCAGAUGCACAGGGUCUGUUUAUUCAGUGAAGUCGAAACAGGAAGUAGAGAAGGGUGUGUUAGCUUUAGUUACUUAGUUACAUAGCAUACCCAUAACUCUGUGAGAGCUGGAGAAGGAUUCUACAGCUACAGUUCCAUCUGGCAAGAGGAGGAACUUCGACAAGAAAAAUGGGAGGGCACGAUCAUCUUGCGUGGAUGUCUUGCCUUCAUAAACGAUUCCCCUUUUGGCUCAAUUGUUGAGAUGAGUGGACAAGCUUGGAACAGUUAUGACUUGGUCAUGGUCGAACGUGGCAGGGGGCAGACAAACACCAUUAAUCCAGGGGGCAGGGCCAGAUGAAGAAUUGUUCUUUCUAAGAGCAGGCAUCCAUGUCAGGUCGCGUAUGGACUGGAAGCGGCAGUAGAUAGUGGGGUUCGUGGAUGAAGCAAGACUAUGGGACAUGAACCCCCUUCACUCCUGUAGUAUCUUCCUCCAAAUCGGGAAUGAGCAGGCAUCCAUGAGGGUCGUGUAUGGACUGGAAGCAGCAGUAGAUAAUGGGGUUCGUGGAUGAGGCAAGACUGACUAGAGGACAAACACCACUCUUGUAGUAUCGCCAUCCAAAUCGAAUUUAGCCAAUCUAUGCGUGUCAUUUCAGAACUGUACAGCUUUUUUUGAAGCUUUAUUUUUAUAACCAUUUGCUUACAUUUUCUCAUAACUAUAUUACUUUAUAAACUGCUGACACUGUAAACAUGUCACUACUCGCUGUGGAUGGACCUACCAGUCACAACAAUGCUCAUGGACAACCACAAUAUUAACUUUCCUGUAACAUGUGCACUUAAAUUUACCAUCUGUCACUAACGUUAUGCAACUUUUAUCAUCAAUUUUAUAGUUUCACUAGUCAUGGCUUAAUCAGUAGAUUAAGCGUGUUAGAUAUAAGUAUAUUGGCUGUGUUAUAUUUCAGAGUGCUGAUUUUGUAUUAAUAAAAGUUAAUCAUCA